CUCCCUCUCUCUAAAAAAAUACAAGUCUCUCUCUCUAAAAGAAUUUCCUUUUCUUUCAGAGAGACUGACUGGCCCAGCAGAUCGAAAUCUCCAACUUUUUCUUCUACCUAAAGACGAUCUAAGCUUCCUCAAUGGUGUUACCAAACUACCUACUUUAUUCUUUCUUUAUGUUUAUUGUUUAUUAUUAUUCUUUCCUCUUCUGUUUUGGCUUUGCUAGUGCCAGUCUGCGACUCUGAAUUUUCAUGAUUCUGAGUUAUUGAUGCUGGGUGAACCGUUGAAUGAUUCAAUCUAUCAGGAGCUUUUGAGAAGAGGUGGUUACGUGAUGUGGGUCUGAGAAAAAACUCUCGAGGGUGGGUGGAAAACUGAUGUCUUGGUCCUUGCUCCUUUGCUGAUUUGUCGAGGAAGCUCUUGGUUUGUUUGCUUUUCCAUAGAGGCAGAAGGAAUGGGAACAGAAGUGCAGUGUAAAAGCUACUUUCCAAUAUAUUACUCCAUGAGGGACCUUAACGAGGAUGCUAACAGUAGUAGUUGGCCCCCUUAUUAUGGAGAUAAUGGGCAGUAUUUCAAUGGGUUCAGGUCAAGGACUGUCCAAAACACAUACCCAUCUAAUGAUAAGGAUGCGUUGAAGCAGAAAAUACUAGAACAUGAAGCCAUUUUCAAGAACCAGGUUUAUGAACUCCACCGCCUUUACAGAGUUCAAAGGGACAUAAUGGACGAAAUCAAAAAGAAGGAACAACAUAAACAGCAGAUAUCAAUUGAGAUAUCAUCAGGAUCAAGCCUCAUAGCAUCUCAAAAUCCAUCUGAAGAUGCUUGGAAAUGGCAUAGCCCCAGCUUCCCCUUGGCUAACUCUGUUUAUGGUAGAGCAUCUAUGUUGGGUGCAGAUAUCAUGAAUUCUCCCUUGAGUUGUACGAAAGGGAACAUUACACAAGCUGGUCGAGUUCCAUUCCAAAAUGGCUGUACCUCCAAAGAUUGCGAAGAGUUGGAGCCUAGACCCUCAAAGGUUAGGAAAAAGUUGUUUGAUCUUCAACUCCCAGCUGAUGAGUACAUAGACACUGAAAAAGGGGAAGAGAUCCAGGAGAAUAACAUAGCGGACAUUUCAAGUCAUCCUUUUACAAGAAAUUGUGAAAUAGGAAGUGGGAAUAAUGUAAAGUUCAUUCUUUGUGGUGGUGGGGGGACAAAUUACCCAGGAGAUUCUUCACCUUCUGAUUCAUGUUUGAGAACCUCUAUUGGGUUGGCAGAUCUGAAUGAACCCAUUCGGGCUGAAGAAGCAUCAGUUCCAAAAUCUGUGGAUUUUCUUGGCCAUUCUGCUUCUCAUGGAGAGAUUAGAGGCCUGGAUCUGUCUGCUAGAAAAAAAUCAGAGUUUGUAGGUCCGCCCAAAGAACUUCCGAGGAACUCCUAUCAUGCGGGCAACAAUGGGACUUUGAACUAUCUAUCUGUUGACAAUAAAAGUAACGGGAGAGGGUUGUCACCCAAUAUAUAUGAAGCAGGGCAGGUUAAAAGCAAUCUGACUCCUAUUCCUCAAGGUCUCCGGCAAGAUGAAUUGCCUAUUCCUUCCCAUGCAACACAAGUAGUGCUUAACAAAACUCAUCAACCGCCAGGAGUUUUUCGAACAGAUCAUAACAGGGAAGAUCUGUGGAGAGAGAGAACAGGUCAUGGUGUAGAAAUCUCUGAUAGAAAUCGUGUUCCCUCCAAUUACCGCUGUAUGGAAUCAGUUGCUGCUUCCCAUAUACCCAAUCCAUACCCAUUUGUUAAUUCCUCUGAUCUGAUGAAUUCUCGGUCUCACUCUAUCUCAUCUUGGGGAAGGCCAAUCAGUAGCUUGACACAGAAGUUGACAUCAGUUCACACCUUCUCUUCUUUGAACUCAUCUGCAAACUUAAGUAGGAGUCCUUCAUCUGAGAGUCAUGACAUUUGUGGAGACAAAAGGCAUGGCUAUUACAGGUCAAACCCAAGUGUGGAUCUACCAACCCGGAAUGGGUUUUACCAUGGGUCCUCGUCAGGGUCUAAGGAACUAUCAGUUUGCUUCGGUUAUGAGAACUGCGAUGGGACUGGUAACCUAGCAUCUGAACGCUCGAUAAAUCAUGGAUCUGAGAAGUUUUAUAAGAGCUCGAAUUUAAGGGAUGUAACCCCUGCAAAAGAUAUGAACUUAAAUGUGGUACUUUCGAAAAGUUCCUCUAAUGAGGCAGUUUCCAAGCAAGAUCUUGAUAUUGUAGAUGAAAAGAGGAAGUGUGAAGACCAUCUGGCGGUGUUGCCUUGGCUUAAGCCAGCCCGUACGAAUGGGGCCACUGAUACAAGGAGAGAUUCGAGCUCAGUAAACUUGGCUUUCUUUCAAGCGUCCUCUAAUCCAUUGUCAUGCAAAAGUGAAACUCUGAAAGAUCCCAAUCCAAUUUUCUCAGAUAAUGCAGUAUCAUCUGUUUUAACUGACCAUGAUAUUGAGGCCAAGAAAGAGAUAGGUGACUCUUUGAGUAAUAGGAAAAUUUUUGGGUUUCACAUUUUUGAUUAUCCUUGUGCUUCUAAAAAUGAGUCAUCAUCACUUCUCUCCACCUCUGCAUCCUUUCAUUGCCCUCCUGAAGGCAGAAUCAUCACAAAUGAAGGGAAAAAUAGAGUAAUUGACAUUAAUGUGGCUUGCGAUUCUCCACUUCCGGAGUCUGGCAAACAGAUUGCUGCAGGAGCUGUGGUUGUGGAGAAUGCAAUGGAUACAAAACGCACAAGUUUAAAAAACCACAUUGAUUUGAACUCCUGUAUGACGGAGGAUGAAGACAUAUUAGUACCAUCCGUUUCAUGUACCAGUGCCACUGUGAAGAUUGCCGUGGAGAUAGAUCUGGAAGCCCCUGUGGUUCUGGAGACUCAGGAAGAUAUUCUGCCUGAGAGAGGGCAGAUGCAGCAUCAGGCUCCUUUGCAAUCAACAGAACACAAAAUGAAGCAACCACAGGAUGAGGUUGUCAGGAUUGCAGCAGAAGCUAUAGUUGCCAUCUCAUCAUGUGAUCUGCACAAUCAGAAAGAUGAUAACACUGGCCUCUCAUAUGAAGGGUCUUUGUGCGACUCCCUGCUGUGGUUUGUUGAGGUAGUUUCUUCUUGUGCGGAUGAUCUUGAGAACAAGUUUGACAAAGAAACGAAGGGCAGAGAUGGUGGAGAUGUUGAAGAUUCUUUCUCUGAUGAGAUUGAUUAUUUUGAGGUCAUGACGUUGAAACUGAUGGAGACCAAAGAAGAAGACUACAUGCCUGAGCCUUUCGUUUCCGAAAUUCAACAAGUGGAAGAAGGAGGAGCCACUUCAUUACCUCAUCGAACCCGAAGGGGCCAGGCAAGGAGAGGGAGGCAGCGGAGGGACUUUCAAAGGGACAUCCUUCCAGGCCUUGUGUCUCUGUCCAGGCAUGAGGUAACUGAAGAUCUUCAGACAUUUGGUGGGCUGAUGAGAGCUACAGGCCAUCCUUGGAAUGCAGGAUUGACUAGAAGGAAUGGCACUAGAAAUAGGGCCGCUAGGGGAAAGCACCGAGCAGCUGUUGACACUGUCCCUUAUGUGGCACCAAGCCCAGUUCCCACUCCACUGAUGCAAACGCUUAAUAACAUUGAAGCAGGAUUGGAGGAUAUCAGCCUAACAGGGUGGGGGAAGACAACUAGACGUCCCCGCCGACAAAGAUGCCCUGCAGGUAAUCCUCCUCCUGUGCUUUUAAUCUAAUUUAUGAAUAGGUUUUCAUCUAUAAAGUCAGAACUAUAGAGGGAAGUAAGGAGGUAGUGAUCUGGUUAUAUGGAUUUUUGGAGUGAGGCUAUUGUUAGCUAUGGGGGUUUGCAUUUGUACAUGUCUUUGUAGCCUAUAAUUCAGGCCCCCCAUGAUUAUCCUCUUGUCUUUACUACAUUUGCAUUAUUGAGAAAUAAUGUUUCAUGAUUUCUUCUGGAUAUAUACAUCAUUUCUUCAAAUGUAUCACUAAUAGUAGUUGUAUUGUUCUUGGGUUUGAUAGUGAUUUGCUCAUUGUGUCGGUGUGUGCAAAUGUAAUUUUAUUCAUUGGGAGACUACUAAUAGGUAUGUGUCACUUCAUUUUUUCUUAAAAUUC